AUGGAAUCUGAAUAUGCUGCAGCACAAAAACUGCUAUUAGGUAUUCUCGCUAAGCGAGGUGAAGCAGUUGCCGAAAAGGCAUUAGUGAAGCUCGUUCUAUGGGCUAGGGAGAAAGGAUUUCUUGCAAAUCCUUCUUAUCUUUUUGACUGGGCUGCGUGGCGCGCCGUGGGGGAUGAAUUAUGGGACUGCACGAUCACGAAAAAGGGCAAAGAGCCCUUUGGGGGCUGUGGGGAAACUUGGCGGACUGUCGCUGAUGCUUUACAAGCGCUGAAGGCGGAGUCAAAAGUUGCCGCUGCCGCUGUGCGCGCCAUAGCACCCCUCAAUCCCCCGGCUGAAACUCAUCCUACCACGACGAGUCGUAUGAGUGCUUUCUUUGGGGUGAGCCAGAAUUACCCAAUGAAAGGAAUGACUGGGAAAGUUUGUACCAGCGUCCGCGAGCUCUUAAAUCCGGCUGUAAAAAAGGGGAAUGCGUCUGAGGACAUAGACGACCCCAGUGCGCCGGAGGCGCCCGAUGUUCACCCAUCAGAGGGCGGAAGUGCAAUGACACAGGAACCGGAAGUAUCCACAGUAGCCGGCUGCACUGAUAAACAAUGGGGGGUACAUAAGUUUUUGUAUAUGCCAAAUUCACCAAAACCUCUGUUAGGGAGGGAUUUGUUGGAACAAUUGGAAGCAGAAAUAAAAUUUGAAAAAGGUAAAAUAGAAUUUAAGGUAUGAGACCAACAAUUGAUUAAAGUUUUAAGCUUAGCUCUCAUCAAUAGUCCCAUCAAAACUGACAUACCUGAAGAAGUCCGAAAUCAGGUAUACCCAGGGGUAUGGGCAUCGGAGGCAUUGGGAAAAGCAAAAACUGCCACCCCAAUAGUAGUUAAGGUAAAGCAAGGGGCAAAUCCUGGAAGAAUCAAACAAUAUCCACUAAGAAUGGAAGACUGGAAAGGUUUCCAACCGAUAAUAGAUCAGUUUAUUAAAUAUGGGCUAUUGAUAGAAUGUGAGUCAGAAUAUAAUACCCCUAUUUUACCAGUAAAGAAACCGGACGAGAAAUACAGGAUAGUACAAGAUCUUAGGGCUAUUAAUAAAAUAACUGAGGACUUACACCCUGUGGUGGCUAAUCUUUAUACAUUAUUACCCAAAUUAGUACCUGAAUUAACUUGGUUUACCAUACUGGACCUGAAGGAUGCCUUCUUUUGUCUGCCUUUGAGCCCAGAAAGCCAGCCAUUGUUUGCUUUUGAGUGGGAAAAUCCAGACUCUGGGAGACUAACUCAACUUACAUGGACAGUGUUACCUCAAGGAUUUAAAAACAGUCCUACUCUUUUUGGAAAUCAAUUAGCCAAGGAUCUGGACCAAUGGGAAUGGCCAUCUGAGGCAGGAGUAGUACUGUAA